AACAAAUAUCUAAUGUGCCUUCGUCUUGUCUUUGCACCGAGAAAAAAACUACUCUAAUUUGAUAAUGGGGACCAGAACAAAUUUCUACAAGAAUCCUUCGUUUGCAUACAACAAGCAAUUCAACCUCAACUCCGUCCUUCAAAACCUCAAUUCUUAUAAUAUUGCCACCGGAAACGCUCCUACCGACGAAACAGCCACCGUCGUGCAACAGAAGCGCCGCCGAAAAUCGAGGCCACCGCCUGAUCGACAGAAUGAAGCGGAACAUAUUGAUGGGCCCAUGUCCCACCAGGAGUAUAUUGCAAAACGGAGUUGGUUACUUAAACUUAUACUGCCGUGUAAAGGAAUUAGGUCCAGUCUGUUUCUUAAGUGGCAUUUCACGGUGUACAAUAUGAAAAGUACAAUUUGUGUGGAAAGCAAAGAGCUUGACUGGUAUCAACAAGAUUUUGGAUCCAUGGUAAUGCCAUUGAGUCGUAAGCUUCAGGAAAAAACUCAAUGCAUUGUGGUAGGGAAGGAAGUUGAUUCAUCUCAACCUUACCAUGAGUUGACUGCAGAUGUGCUGGAAAGUUCUAGUUCAGCUUUGAACUUGGUGGGGUAUGAAAGUGAUAGAAGUUCUUCUGCUGAAUGUGAAGAGGACCAAGGUUCUCCAAGAAAUAAAGAAGAGAAUUAUAGCUCUGGAAUGCAGUACUUUCCCAUUUAUGCCUGUGUAGAGAAUGACCAAAUCAAGGCAAGAAGUGAGCAGAGGUAUCCUGCUCCAGGAGAACCUGUGUGUGUUGUAUGUGGAAAGUAUGGGGAGUACAUAUGUAAUGAGACAGAUGAUGAUAUAUGCAGCAUAGAAUGCAAAGGUGAACUUCUUCAGAAUAGUAAACUUCAGCAGGAGCAGCCAAUUGGUCAAGACCCUCUUGGACCUUUUUCUGCACGCAAAUGUACACUGGAGGUGCCAGAAUUUGGUGGGGACACUUGGGAUUUUGAUCGCCAUCGCUGGUCCAAGAAGAAAUCUGGUCUUUGCACUUAUGAAUGUUGGAAAUGUCAGAAGCCUGGGCAUCUUGCUGAAGACUGUUUAGUGUCGGCAUCUCAUUGUGAUUUCAGCCCUGCUACUGAAGCAUACAAAACUGGAUCGGUUCAAAUUAAAUCCAAGACAAUAUCUAGAGAUCUUCUUGACUUAUACAAAAGGUGCCACCAGAUUGGAAAAAAUUAUUUGUCUGCAAAUUGUAAUUCGUGUCGUGGGUCAACCUCUUUGGCCGCAUGCAUAAGCUGUGACACUGCAUUUUGUGACUGUGCAGGUCAUUUGAAUCAACAUAUCAGGGAAAAUCCAACUCAUCAACAAUAUUAUUCAUACAAACUCAAACGUCUGGUCAAAUGCUGUAAGUCAACUUGCAAAGUAACUGGUAUCAAGGAUCUCCUAGCUUGUCAUUAUUGUUUUGAUAAAGCAUUCGACAAGUUUUAUGAUAUGUACACUGCAACUUGGCACAGAAUAAACUGUUCGAGCGCGGGCGUAGAGGACAGUGCCUACAUUUUGAAACAUAAUAGACAUGUCCCGAAUGAGAAACAUAUGUUAAAGACUCUGAGUUUUCAUAAGGUCGAUUUUGACCAAUUGUAUGGUAUCUUAUACAGCACUGAAAUCGCUACUGGUAGGAGUCGAACCGCAAGACAGCCGAUCGUUCCCCAUCUCCCGCCAUUUAUUAAUGCACGCCAAUUUCUCCGGAUCCGAACUCGGAACUCGUUGCCGGCCAAUAAUUUCCAAGAUCCUUUCCGUUUUCCCGAGCAGAAGAAUCGCAUGCCGCACGCUUUCCUCCCUCUGCUCAAUACUGCUCUGAUGGCACUUCACAGAUAUUGCCUGCUCCAAAUUCGUGAGGCAAGCCCCGAUUAUGUCCCCAAUCAUGGCACUCAGCCUCUCGAACAUCGACUUCCCACACUCGUCCGACUUGUCCAGCAAAAGGGUCUCACACACUCUAUACAUCGCGUUUGCCGCCAAAGCCUUAACAGGCCAUCUCGCAGGAUCGUACCUCAAACAUCCAAUUGGGUCCUUCUUACUCAACUCUACGAACUUCUGCUUGGCAGUCUCGGAAAGCUCCGAGAUUACAUUUUUCGGGCUCUUUCCUCGAAGCCUCGUCUCACGGAGGUCCACGUCGAGCCAUCUAUAGUGAAGCUCGACUCCCACCCACACGAUCUCCGCUGCUUUCCUAAUAUUCGCCGAAGUUCGUUUGAAAUCGAGACUGUUCUCCACGACUCGGAUUCCGAAUCAGUACUCGUUGCAACUGCAAUGCUCGUUAAGGUGACCACCGGUAAAGCCCAGCUCUUGGGGGGCUCUGCCGUGUUUCGGCUGCUUUUUUCUCCCCAUUUUCAAGAAGUGGCCGGUGGUGUCCCUGUCGCUUUCCAUCAUCACUUGAACCAGAUUUUCCUCUCCCUCGAGAUGCAUUACGUAUCGGCUGAGGUCGAGUUUGCUGUUCGACUUAUUCGGGUCCGACGACUCCGUGUCGGCACACUUUGCAUUGCAUCUAAAAAACGAGACGAGUCUCUUGCAGCAACUCAGUGCCGCGAUUAA